GUUUUACAGCUGUCACUUUUGAAACUGUCAUCUUUUGACAUUCGGCAAGUAAAAAUACAUUAUUAAAAAUUAUCAGUUAUUCCUCAAAAACUAAAAAUGAUUAUAAAUCAUUCUUCUUUUGAUUUCCUUAGGACCAGACCUUCACUCAUACGCCACUGAUCGCAUUCUUCAGCUGUUGGUAUUUCGAUUUCGUCAUUUUUUGUUACUUUUAGAAGUCAUUCGACUUCUCAACAGGAUGGCUCAUCGGUUGAAUCAAAAUGUUCCUGAGAAGUGUGUCUUUUGGGAUUUUGUUCCAAAUUAUUUCGUGCACAAUAUCCACUGAUGAACUCGUUGCGACGGUUAUGGUUUUCAGGCAUGGAGCGAGAGUUCCUAGACUAUUUCAUCCCAAUGAUCCUUAUCAAAAUAUGUCGUUUUGGCCGGCACCAAAAGGAGAGUUGACAGAGGAAGGUAAACAGCAGGCGUAUGAACUAGGCCAGUGGGUUCGACAGAACUAUGCAGGAUUCCUGCCCGAAAAAUACGCUUCAGAAGAUUUCUUCAUAUACUCAUCUGGUAUAGACAGAACUUUGAUGUCGGCAUCCCUAUUUGCUGCUGGUCUCUACCCAUCGAUAUCCUGCAGCAACCUUCCAUUUCAACCCAUACCAAUUCACUCCAAACCACCACAAAUGGACACCACGAUUCUAUCCGACCAAUCUUGUCCAAAACGUGAAUACAUUCUGGAGAAUAAUAUAUUGAACACCAAGUUUUUCAAAAAAAUCGCAGAGGACAACAGAGAAGUUUACGAAUAUCUAUCACACCACAUGGGCAUGCCUGUCACAUCAUUCAAGGGAUUGGACGCCUACUAUGACACUUUUUUAAUCGAAAGGUGGCACAAUUUGACGUUACCAGAAUGGACCAAAGAAGUAUAUCCUGAAAAAUUGCGAGAAUUGGCCCUCUACAACCUUGUGUUUCGAACAUACGACCUAGAUUCCACUCGAUUUAGAAUUGGUUCUUUGUACAGUGAGAUACUGGCCUACCUAGCAUCCUUCACCAGUGAACCAAACGAAUUCAAAUCAGAUUUUGAGAGAGGUAACAAAGGCAGAAAGAUGAUGGCUAUAUCUGGACAUGACGUCAACCUUGCAGACCUUCUCGCGGUUCUCAAAUGUCCCUUGGAUGUCUGGCCAUCUUUCAGUUCUAGUGUAAUCUUCGAAUUGAAGAAGAACAACAAUCAAGAUCUUUAUGUUAGUGUGUUUUAUAAGAAUAUCACGGGUAUAGUCAAUGUGAAUAUCAAUGGAUGCGGAUCAAAAUGUGAAUUGAACAAAUUCAUAGAAAAUGUUAGACCCAUAAUUAUGGAUCCUAAAGACUGGAAACACCAAUGUAUUCUUGAUAAAAAAUAUGUUCAUAUUGAAGAUCAGGCAGAAAAAAGUAAAUAUCUUUGAAUAAAUUUACGAUUCUGA